CUACGUGACAGGUCAGAUGAAUGAAUGAAAGAAAGUUUUUGUGGGUUUUUGUGCCUGUUUUUCCAAAUGUUUGAGGAAUCAAGAUAAUUUUUAAGUUCAAGGACGAUUACAUUUGUGGCAUUUUGUGAUUAUUUACUUAAAUUUCAAUGUAAAUAACAUAAUAAAUCACGUGAUCAUAAAUUGAAUUUUAAUUGGUUGUGGAGAGCGUGCCCUGCGCGUCGCGAGCGGCGCAAUAGGUAUCCAAAAUGCCGUCGGAGUCGAAGCCUUUGUUGACAGCCCAAACAGAAAAACCAAAUCAUUAUAAAUAUCUCAAAGAAUUUCGCGUCGAGCAGUGUCCAUCAUUUCUACAACAUAAAUGUACACAACAUAGGCCUUUUACGUGUUUUCACUGGCAUUUCAAUAAUCAGAGAAGACGCAGGCCGGUCAGGAAAAGAGAUGGUUCCUUCAACUAUAGCGCAGAUAACUAUUGUACCAAAUAUAAUGAGACUUCAGGAAUAUGUGAAGAUGGAGAUGAAUGCCCAUACCUGCACCGGACAGCGGGGGACACGGAGAGGCGCUACCACCUCCGGUAUUACAAGACUUGCAUGUGCGUCCACGACACGGACGCCCGGGGGCUCUGCACUAAGAACGGGGCUCACUGUGCCUUCGCACACGGUGCCCCGGACCUUAGACCACCUGUGCUGGACGUUAGGGAACUACAGGCCUUAGAGAACCCAGAUCCAAAUGAUGCUGAUGCAGCGCCUAAUGCUUUAGACAGGGAAAGAAAUUUGAUGAAUGAAGACCCUAAAUGGCAAGAUACUAAUUAUGUACUAUCCUCAUACAAAACGGAGCCAUGUAAAAGACCACCUAGGUUAUGCAGACAGGGAUAUGCCUGCCCACAAUAUCACAAUAGCAAGGACAAGCGGCGCUCCCCGCGCAAGUACAAGUACCGUUCCACGCCCUGCCCCAACGUGAAGCACGGCGAGGAGUGGGGCGAGCCGUCCAACUGCGACGCGGGCGACGGCUGCGGCUACUGCCACACGCGCACGGAGCAGCAGUUCCACCCCGAGAUCUACAAGAGCACCAAGUGCAAUGACGUGCAGCAGGCCGGCUACUGCCCGAGGGCGCUGUUCUGCGCCUUCGCUCAUGUUGAACCGGAGGAUGGACCGGGCGCGCGCGACCCCGCGGCGCUGGACGUGGGCACCAACCUGGCCGAGCUGCUGUCCGCCACGCUGCCGCCGGACAAGAAGCUGGAGGGCGGGCUGCUGGGGCUGCGCGCGUCCCCCCCGCCCCCCGCCGCGGCCCCCGCCCCGGUCUCCGCGCUGCACCACGCGCUCAGCAACGGCUCCGGCUCCGGCUCCGAGUGCGCGUCCACCAGCUCGGCGUCCAGCGCGCCGCCCGCCCCCGCGCCCGCGCCCGCCCCCGCGCACGCCUGGCCGCGCUCGCCCUUCGAGGCCAGCGUGCUGCACGAGGUGGUCGGCAACGCGCUGGACGAGCUGUCGCUGGACGACCCGCUGGGGCUCGUGGCGGCGCUGGACCGCGAGCUGCAGGACUCCGAGCUGCUGGGCGGCUCCGCGCCCGUCAACAUCCCGCCGCCCUCGCGCCCGCCCGCCGGCUCGCCGCUGCCGCCCUUCAUGCGUUACUCGCAGGAGCCCGCCUACCGCACGGGCAGCUACGGCGCCGGGGGCGGCUCGGACGCCACGUCGCCGCGCGAGCUGGCGCGCCUGCGCGAGGAGCUGCUGGCGUCGCGCGCCGCCGCGCUGCGCUGGGACGAGCGCAUCGCGCAGGCGCGCUCGGCGUGCGGCGCGUGGCAGCGCGAGGCGGACGACGCGGGCCGGGCGGCGGCGCGCGCCGAGCGCCAGCGGGACGACGCGCUCGCCCUGGCCGCGGCCCUCAAGCGCGAGCUGGACGCGGCCCGCGCGCGCGCGCUGCCCCGCGACCUGCGCCACCUACCGCUCCCCGCGCUCAAGGCGCUGCAGGCGCAGUGCCGCCAGGACCUGGAGGACGUGGAGCAGGUGCUGUACCUGGAGACGGCCACCAAGUGCAUGGCCUGCGAGCAGCGCGCGCGCGCCGUCACGCUGGCGCCCUGCAACCACUACGUGCUGUGCGAGCCCUGCGCCGCCUCGGCCGACGAGUGCCCCUACUGCCAGACGCCCGUCAACCGCCACCAGUAGCCACACAACACGUAUUUACUCAAACAUUUCCUCUACUACUUGUAUUCCGCGACGGACCUAUCAGACUAAUAUUGACUAAAUGACUUAGAAGCAAUAACGAGAUACCUAUGAAUCACUGGGAACCUAUGUAACUUAGAUUUUCAAUAUAUUUAAUAGAAUAUAACUAUUACGUACACAAAACAUUUUUAUACUAGUAGUUACGGUUUAAUAAAUAUUUUUCAUAAAGGAUUGUAUUUAGGGCGCGGUAGAGAGUUUAAGGAAGCUUCGCUGUUGGCGUCCGUGUAUUAGAGAAGUGUUGCUUUUAUCAUUAAUCAAUAAUCAAACAUACAAAUUAUAGUAGGCAUUUACGAUAUUUUAUAAUAAUUCGGUGACUAUGUUUCCAUCAAGGGAAAAUAUAUGCUGAGAUUCUCUAGUAGCUGGUAGCUGCAAUGAGCAUACGAUAGUUAUGACUUGUUAGCUGAUCAGCAGAUUACACGCAACGAUCGUUUUUUUAAGGAUCAAAUCAAGUAAUACGAUUAAAUUAUAAUAUUUAUAAAAAAAUAUUGAUGGAAGCAAAGUCACUCCUAGGAUCUUUACUAUUACUAAAUAACGCAAGCUAUUUAUCGGGGGUAGUUUAGUUUUUUUAAUCAAUAUCUGUAUUCUGUAGCGCAUUUUGGUGGCUAAAAUCAAAUUUAUUAGCUAUCAUUCUAGGAUGUUUUAGUCACAAAAAUGUAAUACGACAAUUAAAACUGUUUUUUUUACAUAAAAAUAUCACAUUUAUCUAACUUAACUACAUGUUAUUGUUAAUUUUUGUUUUUAGAUAUCAAUUAUUUUAAGACACAAUAAGUGUAUUGUUUGUUAGUUGACAAUAUUCCAUACCCACUGCAUAUAGUGGUAACAUAUUUCAAACAAUUGUUUAUGAGCCGGAAGCUGGCAUACAAAAAAUUUAUCAGUUUUUUACUCAGAUAUUUUGCAUGAUAGUGUAAGACGACGAGGCGGGAAGCUAAAAAUUUAAAAAUAAGCUUAAAAUAUAACUUUAGAUGGUUUUUGAUAAUUAACCGACGUAAGGUAAAAGUGCAGACUAGUUUGAUACGGAUUUACAGAGAAUGAGAUCAUUAUCAUUCAGAGAUCGUCUCGCGUGCAUUUUGUGUUGUUUUUCUGGAAGUAAUGAGCAUUACAAGGACCAAUACUGAGUAAUAUUGAUAUUGUAUGUGAUUUCUGAACGUUUUCUAUAUUGUAUCUGACUUUAUUGAUACUACACGCGGUACCGACCGGUAUGUCGCGGAUACUGACGCAAACCGAAUAUUUUGGGAGUACGCACGUUUUAAUAACAAUAUAAUUAAACUCGAGUAGAAAAGAUUACCUAAGCUAAUACUUUUUAACAUUUCUACUACGACAAGAAUAUUGGAAUUGCAAUUUUAUAGCGAGUUGCAUUUUAACAAAGUUUUUAGUAGAGUUAUUAAUGACACAGUUUAUCGUAGGUUUUUAAAAUAGCGUUUUUAUUUUUACAUUCCUAAUUAUAAUUAGACGUUUCUUUUUAAAUAUACUUAUAUUUAAAGUUUAACAACGCAACAAAUAGAGUUUAAAUUGUAGUUAUUCAUUGAUGUUAUUUUAGUGAAAGUGGAUUUAAAAGUGUGUUUAUACUCAGAGCCACAAUUGAUUUGAAUACUUACCUAUAAAUUUUCUUACAAAAGAGUGCUGAGAAUACAGGCACAGGCAGGCGGCUAGAGCGAUAAAAAAUCUGAUGAUUCAAAUUUGUUUUUGCACAAAUUACAUUUUCAUUCGCCUGCAAGAGAAUUAUCGAAGCUGGUAGGUAGGCAGUGGUGGUUGCGGCGGCCCCUCACUUGUUCUAGUGCGUCCUCCUGGCCCAUAACGUCAUAUUCACAGCAUCUAGGUGUCACUCUCUAGGUCGGCACGCUUAAUACAACGAGAUUGAGCAUUGGUUAGCGCAGCGCUUUCCUACCUUGCAACCAAAGCUAUCUCGUUGUGUCAAGCGUGCCGAUCCCGUGACAAUUCUAGUUCGUUCGUUCGUCAAUUUAGAGAGUGAACCUCUGCUCCACGCAGCCCGUAGAGGUUUUAGAGGCCCCCCUAUAGGCCCGUAAUUUUCCAAAUGGUCCCCUUUCCUCUAGUUAUUUCAGUAACACAAUAAAAGUAAAACAAAUGAAGACUUCGAAUCGCAAUUUAUAUAGUGACAAGUAAUAAAACGUUUAUUUAAAUUUUACAAAACAUUUGAUAAUAGUAAUAUUUAUAUAUUUUGGAAAUCUUGGACGUUUUUGUAACUGUAGGCUUAGUAAUAAAUAACAAAUUUAAAUUUAGAUAUAUUAUUAUAACAUAGGGUUAAGUAGUGUUUUCAAAUUGUAAUCGAUAUAAUUGUAAGUGUGUAGUGGGGAUGUGUUUGUAUGUAGGCAUUACUCGACCGUAGACUGGCAGUUCCAUAUACCUACCUAUAUGUUAACAAAGUAUAAUAAAUUAUAUACCUAUCUGCUGGUCAACUACUCGGCUUGUUCUUUAGAUAUCGACUAUCUGUGGCACUUGGUAUUGAGAUUGAAUGUUCUGGCCUUCCUCACGUGUAAAGUAUAUGUCCAAUUGACACACAUAUGGAUACAUUUCUACAAAAUGUUUGCAUGGUAAAGAUAAAAUAUAGUUUGGAGAUCGACGGUAUUUAUAACUUGUUCUAACGGCGUUGGUACGAAUAUAACUUUUAUUAGUUUUAAGAUUGAUCUGAAUUUAGGGCUUUGAAUAGGACUAUAAAGUGGCUACUCUCAUUUCUUAUGCAAUGUUUGCCUAAAUAAAAUAUCAUAGUCUGUUUGAGGUUAAAUCAACUACCUACAUAAUUAUAACUUAACUAAACUUAACGUUUUGUAUUAUCGGCUUGUCAACGCUAUGUAGCUGAGAAGUAAUUCAUUUAUUACAAGUGUAAAGCUGCCUUAGUUCGUAAAUAAAAGCAUCUAUUAAAAGCAAUACAAAACCUUGCUAUUUCAAUAAAAUUAUAUCAUUAUAUAAAAAUAUUGUCACAAAUAACGUAUAUGUCUUCAAAAAGAAACUUAGAUUUAGUGCUUGGUGUAAUAUGUAUUUUGGUGAUUUAAAACUUACAUAUUACGUAUUAGAGACACAUUUAUUUUUUAUAUAGAAUCUUUAUCACAUGGAGGGCGUAAUUUAUAUAUAACGUUUUAAUUAAUAAAGUAUAAUGGAGAGCUAUAUUUAAGUUAAAAUGUAAAUCGGCUUGUAUUGGGCAAACCUAUCACUUCAUACGCUACACUGGAAUUUAAACUUUACUGUUUCAGUUCUCUAUUAUUUGAUGUGUAUUUUGGGAGCAUUUGACGAAAUGACAAUGUGAAAUUAAGAGCACUGAACUCUGAAAUAAUAUAAGUUUCUUACAAUUUACCAAAUAUAAGUUUUCCGUCUAUAACUUCUUUACAGAAUUUUCAUUUCUGGUGUACAAUAUACUUAACUUUGUACCGAACAAGCUCCAUAUAAAAGUUUCUUUAAAUUUUGUAUUUUUACUUACUUUCUUCACUACUGUUUUCACAUGUAUUUACGGUUUGCAUUUUAUAUUUAGUUUAAGACUUUUCACUCAUCAUUAUCAUGGUUUUGUUGUGUGCAUAAUACAUACUUGUAAUAAUUAACACUUUUUCUACAUGUAAGUUUUAAUUAUUUUAACUCUUUUUUCAAUUAUUUAAUCAUUAGGUAGGUAGCUCCAACAAAUUCUUUCAAAUUUAUUAUUGUUAAAUUAGAAAUACAGAAGUUUGCGCUGAAGCUGAUCAAAUGAAUUAUGUUUUUUUAAAAUUAAUUUUGUAUUUAUUGAAUAAUAUGUAUUCAAGCUUCUAUAAUAUCAUAGUAUUUUCUAAAAUAAUUUUCAAAUCCAUGUGAUACAAACUUGUAACAGAGAUGAGAAGAUUAUUGUAAUAUUACUAUACUAGGUAGGUAGGUUUAAUAAAUUUUCAAUUCCAUUUCAAAAUAAA